AACUCGGAGCCGACUGAGCUGCGAGCCCGAAAUCGAACGUUGACACACACUGCAGAAAUUGACGCUCGCAGAUUUGAGCGAUCAAUCGCAGCUGAGGGCUCGAGAGAUGUAUGCCAAUGCUGUGGAGAACGCCAGACAUGGACUCGAUCGGGGAACCCCUAUGCAGCUACCUUCAAGUACUUCCAACGACGGGUCGUCUCGCGUGGAACGUGGGGUAUCAAGGCCAGCUUCAAUCGACGUGAGCAGUCGAUCACCAGAAGUCGGCUCUCCGGCUACAACUUGCGGGUGCACUUGCGCAUGUUGUCUAGAGAAGUGUGCCGUCGGAUCCUCUGUCAACUCGGGGACUAGCUAUCCAAGUCGCCCUGCUUCGAUCCCGUCACCAAAUACCAGCACUAUCCCUUCCCCAGGCGCAGCAC